AUGACGUUUUAUUUACUUUUGCUGGCUCUUAUACCGUCGUCAGGGCUUAUUAUGGAAGAUGUGUUUCCACCAAAGUUAGAAGAAUGCUACUUGGAAAAAGCUGAUAAGAACAUCACUCGAUAUGAUGUUCAAAAGAACUGUUUAGAAAGUUUUUUGGAACAUAUGUACAACAAUGAAAGCUCAAUAGGUUUAAGGAAGGAUGCCUUCGAAUGGCUCGAUUCGCUCGGCAGAAAAUUACAUUAUCGCAUGAGACGACAAACACGGUACAGAUUGCGAGUAAGGAAAGAAAUACGGACAUUGAGUGAAAAUGAAUUUCAAAAGUUCAUCGACGCAGUAAAAGCCUUGAAAAGUGACACGUCGGUCUCACCCAACAAGUAUGAUUCGUUCGCACUUAUGCACCAGGGAGGCGCUGGAAAAUCUGCACAUGAUGGUCCAAACUUUGUCAGCUGGCACAGAUAUUAUUGCGUAUUAUUCGAGGAGGCUCUUCGGGAAUAUAAUAGCGGAGUGACUCUUCCAUACUGGAAUUCAAGACCAGAUUUUUUGAUGGACAAUCAAGAGGAUUCUAUCUUAUUUACUGAAAUAUUUUUGGGGAACCCAAAAGGAGUUGUAUAUACAGGUCCAUUCGCAUAUUGGUCAACUCCAACAAAACCAAGUACGUUGUUACGACGUGAACUAGGAAUAAAAGGCUCUCCCAUUGACCCAGACAGGUUAAAAGCAGUGUUUAGAAAAAGAUACCACCGGGAAAUUCUAAGACCAACAGCUCCAAAUAGUGAUCAGGCCAAUCUAGAGUCACACCAUGAUGAUGUUCACAGGUGGGUUGGAGGAAAUACUGGCCAUAUGGCAGAUAUAACUUUAAGUCCUAUGGACCCAAUUUUCUGGCUUCACCACUGCUUCAUAGACUACCUAUGGGAAAAAUUCAGAGAAUGCCAAACCAAAUUAGGAAUUAAUUCAGAAACAGACUAUCCACCAACUACUAUAUUAGAGCAUAUGCCAAAUAGACUUGUGGAUAAUUUGAGACCUCAAAAAACAAACAUUCAAGGAUUUAGUAAUUCAUUUACAAAACAAAUUUAUAGAUAUGCACCUGCCCCAACUUGUCGUAACAACUGCGGAGGAGCAUUUAAUGGCUUUUUGUUCUGUGAUAUAAGUAAACAGGCAUGUGUUUCCAGAUCUCGGUAUGAGUUUAUUGGUCUUAAAGGAUUUAGAACAGUUCGGAAUUGGUACCCGUCAAAGGAAAAGGGAAAAAGGGUCACAAUUCCAAGAUUUUUCAUGAAUCUUAACCAACUUUUGGGUCAGCAAGCUAUUUCAUCAUUGAUCAAGAUAGGAGGCAGACAGGAGUGGGCAUCACAGAUUGGAGGCGGACUUGGAGAUGUAACACAGAUAGGAGGUGGACAUAGAGGUGAUCUAGGGAUAAGAGGAGGACUUGGAGAUGCAACACAUAUAGAAGGAAGACAUAGAGGUGAUCUAGGGAUAAGAGGAGGAGUUGGAGAUGCAACACAUAUAGAAGGAAGACAUAGAGGUGAUCUAGGGAUAGGAGGCGGACUUGGAGAUGCAACACAUAUAGAAGGAAGACAUAGAGGUGAUCUAGGGAUAGGAGGCGGACUUGGAGAUGCAACACAUAUAGGUGACUUAGGGAUAGGAGGAGGACAUGGAGAUGCAACAAAGAAAGGAGGGAGACAAAGAGGUGGCUUAGAGAUAGGAGGAGGAUAUGGAGAUGCAUCAAACAUAGGAGACGGAAUAGGAGAUACAACACAGAUAGAAGGGAGACAUAGAGGUGGCUUAGGGAUAGGAGGAGGAUAUGGAGAUGCAUCAAAUAUGGAAGGAAGACAUAGAGGUAUCUUAGGGAUAGGAGGAGGAAAUGGAGAUGCAACACGGAAAGGAGGGAGUCAUGGAGGUGAUCUAGGGAUAGGAGGAGGACAUGGAGAUUCAACACAGAUAGGAGGGAGACAUAGAGGUGGCUUAGGGAUAGGAGGAGGAUAUGGAGAUGCAUCAAAUAUGGAAGGAAGACAUAGAGGUAUCUUAGGGAUAGGAGGAGGAAAUGGAGAUGCAACACGGAAAGGAGGGAGUCAUGGAGGUGAUCUAGGGAUAGGAGGAGGACAUGGAGAUGCAACACAGAUAGGAGGGAGACAUAGAGGUGAUCUAGGGAUAGGAGGAGGACAUGGAGAUGCAACACAGAAAGGAGGGAGACAUAGAGGUGAUCUAGGGAUAGGAAGAGGACAUGGAGAUUCAACACAGAUAGGAGGGAGACAUAGAGGUGGCUUAGGGAUAGGAGGAGGAUAUGGAGAUGCAUCACAUAUAGGAGACGGAAUACGAGAUGCAACACAGAUAGGAGGGAGACAAUUAAGUGACUUUUGGAUAGGCGGAGGACAUGGAGAUGUGACACAGAUAGGGGAUGGAAUGGGAGCUUCAACACAGACAGGAGGAGGACAAGAGUGGGUAUCACAGAUAGGAGGCGGACACGGAGUUACAUCACGGAUAGAAGGGAGACAAAGAAGUGCCUUGUGGAUAGGAGACGGUUUGGAAGCUUCAACACAGAUAGGAGGCGUACAGGAGUUGGCAUCACAGAUAGGAGACGGAAUGGGCGCUUCAACACAGACAGGAAGAGGACAGGAGUGGGCAUCACAGAUAGGAGGUGGAAUGGGAGCUUCAACACAGAUUGGAGGCGGACAGGAGUGGGCAUCACAGAUAGGAAAUGGAAUGGGAGCCUCAACACAGAUAGGCGGUGGACAUGGAGAUGCAUCGCGAAUAGAAGGAAGUUAUAGAGAUGCCCCACAGAUAGGAGGCGGAUUUGUAGCUGCAUCACAUAUAGAACAGGCACUAGGAUCUCUACCAGACAUAUCAGCAUUCGGAGCUAAAGAGAACAGUGAACUAACUCGAAAUUCAAAAGCGCCAACAAUUACGAGAAGAUUUAGUACGCACUUCGAUAAUCCUGGAACAAGGGGUCGCAGAUCUGUUGAUUUUAGUUUAACAGGCAAUAAUGUCAAAAUUGGAUUUGAUAUAAAUCUUCGCCUGAGACAAGAGAUGAGAAAAUUUGUUUCUUUGAGUAGUACUAAAUAUAAAUUCGACAAUUUUGCAACCACCCCAAUAAUAAUCAUAAGCAAACACAAGAGAAAUCGAAACUUAGGAAAUGAAAUUAUAAACAAAAGAACAUUUAACAUUACAUUUCAAACUGAUGGAUUUUCCUAUAGCGGUAGACAUUUGGACUACAUUUCUAUAGAUGAGCGCACUCGUUCCUCUGAAUCUAUUGCGCUUAUUGCCUUCGAGAAGCCAAUAUCUGUUGAAACAAAAGCAUACGUUAGGGUGUACGACUCAAACGGUGUAAUGUGUCAACCUAGCUGUCUGGUAUCAAAAUCAACGUAUAAGGAAUGUUCGGGGCUGAUAAAGAUCACGUCCGAUAAUCCUCUUAUGUACUUUGAUUCAUAUAAUGAUGUUUUUGAUUCCGAAAUAACGCCGUUCCUCAGAUUCCUUUGUGUUUAUUAA